UCUUCCCUAGUGCUCUUCCCUGUAUGAGGACCGCUACAUUCUGCCCACGCAGAACUUCAACUCCCAUCUGAGGAUCCCAGUGCCUGAGACCCACCCGCUGCUGUCCCCCGACUGGAGGGUCCCGGAAAGCUGUCGAUCAAACAUGGAGGAGGGGAUCGUCACGCUGUCAACGCUCCUGAACAAUCGCCAUUUCUUGGUCACCUUUAUUCACGCGGUGGAGCUGCAGAAGGACUUCGCCGUGAGGGACAGGUGUAACUUGGCCUCUCUGCUCACCAUCGCCCUUCAUGGCAAGUUGGAGUACUACACCAGCAUCAUGAAAGAUCUCCUGGUGGACCUCAUAGACUCAUCAGCCUCCAAGAACCCCAAGCUGAUGCUUCGCCGGACCGAGUCGGUGGUGGAGAAAAUGCUGACCAACUGGAUGUCCAUCUGCAUGUACAGCUGCCUCCGGGAAACAGUGGGAGAGCCGUUCUUCUUGCUGCUGUGCGCCAUUAAACAACAAAUCAACAAAGGCUCCAUCGAUGCCAUCACUGGGAAGGCGCGGUACACCCUGAACGAGGAGUGGCUGCUGAGAGAGAACAUUGAAGCCAAGCCUAUG